AUGACGGCCUACAGGGAGCUGCUCGACUCUGCCGGGAUCCCCUUCGGCAGCCUGGAUCACACCCUCACACAGUCGGGCGGCAGGCACGCCUUCUUCAGCUACGAAAAGUCGGUGCGGGCGGGGCUGGCGAUCGAGCCGUGGAAGGCGAAUCAGAUGAGCAACAUGGUGAAGAUGGUGCUGGACGGGCAGAGCGUGAGCAUGGACCUUCGGGGCGACGGUGGUCUGAUCAUACUGCCCCCCACGUCGAUCACCUUCAGCAAGACCACGGGCGAGACCCGGUACUACCAGGCCCUCCGGCCGAUUCCGGGCAAGGGAGAGCUGCCCGCCAUGCCGCCAGUGCUGAUCGAGCUGCUGAACUCACAGGCCCCCGCUCAGAGGGAGGGCACGUGCCGGGGGCCGAGGCCAGCCAGUAGGGUUGCGAGAGGGGCUGGGGUUGCCCUCGGGGUCGAGGGUGAGACGGCGCGGCCGAUCCCGGUGGCCGAGGGCGAGCUGUCCGCCUCGGUCGUGGCCCGGUUGGACGCUAUCUUGAGUUGCCGGGGCAGCCGCUCUUACGUGUACUACAAGAGGGAGCGCAUGGAGAGUGGCGAGUGGCGCUUCGAGUACAAGCCUCAGGGGGGGACGGACCGAUUCACCGAGCGGUGCCACGGCGGGGUGUGCGACCGGCGUGCAAGGACGGAGUUGGAGGAGGAUCCUGCGUUGGCGGGCAUCGUCGUGGGGGAGUGUGGCAUCGGGCCCGUCUCUGGAACGGACCAGAGCAUCUACAAGCGGGUUCCGCUCGACAUGGCGGCAAGGUACCUGUGGUUGUCUGCGGAUGGCGGGUCGCGCCUCCUUCGAGCUCUCUACGCUGGGGAUCCGCGCAUCAAGUGGGUGGCGGGCAGCAGCAGCGGGAGCGGUGCCGGCUUUUACUUCUGGAACGCGCGGGUCUUCGAGAAGGACAUCCCGGAGGCACAGGGCGGUAUGGUGCACAACAUCAUAGCCGACCAGCUGACGCAAGCGACCGACCGGGCGUACAGGGAAGCGGCCAAGCUGGCGAAGGCGGCUGAGGAGGAGGGCGACGAGGAUGCGGUGAAGCGGCUGGCAAAGCUGCUCCCGAAGAGGCGGCCCCGCUGGAAUGGGGCCGGUGGCCCCGGUGGUGUGAUCAACAAGUGGGCCCUGCCCGUCAAGAACGGGGUCAUCGACCUGAAGGACGGCACGUUGAAACCUCAUCACCCCCGGUACCUGUUCUCUUCUACGCUCGGGUCGGACUAUCCUCGAGAUGGCCUCCUGCACCCAACGCCGCUGGUCGACAAGAUCUUGAGGGACGCGUGGAUGGUGGACGUGUACCCGGAGCGGGCGGAGAUCGUGUCCUACCUGCAGCGGGUACUGGGGUACUUGCUAACCGGCGACGUGGAUGAGCGGGUCCUGGUGUACAUAUGUGGUCCUACAGCCUCCGGCAAGGGGCUGCUGAUGGAGGCUGUCAGAGACUUGCUGGGGUUGUUCUUCCUCCAAGGCAACAAGAGCCUCAUCUUCAGGGCUGCGGGGCAGGGGGAGAUCUCCAGGGGUGGUGCGAACACGGAUUUGGCAGCUACGAAGAAGAAGCGCGUGGUGUUGAUCGACGAGAGCGGCGCAAUGGACCGGGUGGAUGAUGCAGGAGUGAAGUACAUGACUGGGGGGGCGGACAUAAACGCGAGGGAUCUGUACGAGAGGGGUGCGGAUGCGACUUUCAAGCCGACGGCCAAGUUUGUGGUGACGUCCAAUCGUCCGCCGCUUCUUGAUUUUGCGGAUGCUGCGAUGGAGGAUCGGCUGAUAUACUUCCCGUUGGAGCGUUCUUUCGUCAAGCGAGAGAAUUACGUGGAAGGGGACCCGAGGAUUCGUCCGAGGGAUCUGACGUUGAAGGACCAGAUGAAGACCCCCGAAGCGCAGCAGGAACUUCUGGUUUGGCUGGUGAACGGGCAAGUCACCAAUUCGAAGAACGGUGGCAUCGGGGACCAGCCCGCAUAUCUGAAGCAGUGCAAGCAGGAGCUGUAUGCUAGUAACGACCCAUUGGAGGUGUUCAUAAAGUCGGAAUGUGAGGUUGGACAGAGCUUCCUGAUCCAAACCUCUGUCAUGCACGCGGCAUACAACGCGUAUCUCAACCAAGAGCAGAAGGGGAAGUGCAAGCCGUCUGCCCUGACGAAGGAUCUGAAGGCGAAGGGUUUUAACAAAGGGGAAAGGAUCAGGCAUCAUGCUACGAUGAACCAGUUCACGGCAUACAAGGGUUUGCGAUUGAAGAAAGAGAGUGUCUCUUGGGACAUGGUGCAAGGAGUGUUUCUAGAAACAGAUGACGAGCGAAGGGCUGGUCGCCGCUAG